AUGGCCGAAAAACAAUUCAAACCAGCCCUCAUCGUAGUCGACUUCCAAGAAGACUUCUGCCCGCCCAACGGCGCCCUCGCCGUCCCCGCCGGCCGCACCAUCGCCCCCGCCGUCAACACGCUCCUCGCGCUGCCGUUCCCCCUCAAAAUCGCCACCCGCGACUGGCACCCCCGCACCCACGUCUCCUUCGCGAGCAACCACCCGUCCUCGGAGCCAUUCACCUCCCGCGCGACGAUACGCCACCCCUCGGACCCGUCCCGCUCCUACACGACGACCCUCUGGCCCGUCCACUGCGUCCAAAACACCCCCGGGGCGCAGCUCGUCCCCGAACUCGACCUCUCGCAGGUCCACCAAGUCAUCGACAAGGGGCAGGAUGACCGCGUAGAAAUGUACUCUGCGUUCCAUGACCCCUUUCACGUGAGCGACAGCGGGCUGGCCAAGAAGUUGAGGGAGGAGCACGUGACGCACGUGUACGUCGUCGGUUUGGCGGCCGACUUUUGCGUAAAGGCCACGGCCGAAGAUGCCGUUGCCGAGGGGUACGAGACGUACAUCGUGGAAGAGGCGACGAAGCCCGUGGCGCCCGAUGCGUGGGAGACUUGCAGGGAGGGAAUUUUGGCAAAGGGGGUCAAGAUGAUUUCCAUUCACGGGGACGACGUUGCCAGAGUAAAGGCGCUAUAG